UGUGUGUGUGUGUGUGUGUGUGUGUGUUUUAUAAUGAGCUACGGGACUUGUUUAUAUCUGCGUUUUAGAAAUUUAGAUCUUUGCGCCUUGCUGCGUCCCACCAUCCUCACGGUUGAUUAUUUUCCUGUAACAGCAUGCGCUGGUUAUGAUGAUUUUAUGAUUUAUUCCUAACAUUUUCAGCUGUUUAGGAUUUGAGACCUCAGAGACGGCUCUGUGUUCACGGAUCAUGUGUUUUUUAAUGAAGAAUAAAUAAGGGGUUAGGUGUUCAAAUCACAAAGAGUGAUGUGAUGUGAAAUCCUGCACAAUGGGCUGAACUAUCCAAGUGCUUGGUGUACAACAUGAUGAUGAUGAUGAUAAAAUUAUUGUUAUUAUCAUUAUUAAUCUUGCCUAAAUCCACCCUGAUUUACAGGCAGGUUAAGAGGUUAUGGGGCAGGACAUGUAGCUCUAAUCAAAAACUAAAAACUCCUGGAAAUGAAAACUUUCCUACACCCUCUCCUCCACAUCAACGCAGCUUUCUUCCGUUUUUCCAUGUCAUUUCCUGUAAUAAAAAAAAAAAAAAAAAAGGGGGGAAAAAAAGAUGGUGGUCAAAGCUGAAGAGAAGCAGCUGACUCGUUAGAAAAGAUGUGAGGAGUUAAAAGUUUGGCUCUCGCCUAGACUAGUUUAAUUAGCUGCUGGUGGUGGAUGUGGGUGUCGUCGCGGCUGCUGCAGAGGACGGGAAGUGAACAGCUAUGGACGGACUGCGUCUUGUGCACAAGUUGUAAGAUGUUUGCAUGAAAAUUGGCCAGGGGUUUGGCCCUCCAUCCUGCAGUGACCAUGGCGGACUCCGUCGCCUUUUACACUGAGCCAUGUAUGGAAACUGAGCCAGAAUGCAGCACAGGUGCCAUCAGUGAUGGUGCUUCUGAGGAGCCCAACGAGAAAAAAGCCAACCAUGAGCGCUGUGUGAACGUGGGACGACGACAUGUUGACUGCUGGUUCUGUGAAGAAUGUAAGGAGUAUUUCCUAGAGGAAUGUCUAGUCCAUGGCCCGCCUGUGUUUGUGCCUGAUACGCCCACCGCGCUUGGAGUGCCUGAUCGUGCAGCUCUCACUGUGCCUUCGGGGAUUCAGAUCGUUAGGGAAGGCCUGGACGUGGACGUGUGCUGCAUGGAUGAGAAUAUCCCGAAAGGAGCUCUGUUUGGCCCCUACCAAGGCCAGCUCGUAGGAGCCAAGGACAAACCGUCAGGAACGUACUCUUGGAUGAUUGUCGAUGAGGACAACACUUACAAAACUGUCGAUGGCUGUGACGUAACUAAAGCAAACUGGAUGAGAUACAUCCGGAAGUCUUCAGAGGACGGUGAGAGAAACUUGAGUGCGUUCCAGCACGGUGAACAUAUUUACUUCCGAGUGUGUCGCAGAAUGGCGGUCAGGGAGAGGCUUCGCGUGUGGUACAGCGACGAGUACGCAAAACGUCUACAGGAUAUGUGCGAGGGCAGUCCCAACCGCAAGGCGGACACAGGGAUAAAUUCAGAAGACGUCACCCAACACCAAGAAGAAGCUAAAGGCCCAGUUCUGCGCUCGACUAUACAUGGAAGGAGAACCCUCAUAAAGCACGGGAGCGACGAGGCAGAUAGCCAGCCUCAAGUGAAGAAGAAAAAAAUCGAUCUCAUAUUCAAAGAUGUCGUAGAAGCAUCUCUGGAAGCAAGCCAGUGUCAGAACAAUCCACUAAACAGCACUCUAUCAUUACCAAGACCAAGAGCACAGGCCAGCAGUGUCUUCAGCCAAUCCGGUACAUUUUCAGCAAAUGUAGUGGAGACAAUGCUGGGCCAGGCCGAGAGAAAAGUGCCUCAUGUGGCCUGUGGACUUGUGCCUGUAAAACAGCUAGAGAGCAGUCUUGAAAGAUAUGUCAAAGUAGAAGAUGCACAGGAGGAGCCCAAGAUGAUUAGUGAAGGCCCAUCGACAUCUUUUUGCCCGAACUGUGUUAGACUGAAGAGACGUAUACGUGAACUGGAAGCAGAGCUUCUUCAUUUUAAACAACAAGAGCAGACCGAGACAUUGUGCUUGCCCCCAUCCGAAUCCCUGCCGAGCGAUGACCUGAGAGUGGUGGAGGCUAUGACGCCCACUCCAGCCGGGAUGGAGGAAGAUGACCAGGAUGUCGACUCUGCAGAUGAAUCCAUUACCGCUGACAUGAUCGUAGCUGCCGACGACUCGUCGAAGCUGUCCGUCAGCCCGGGUCGGCGAAUCCGCCGCUUUAAACAAGAGUGGCUCAAGAAGUUUUGGUUCUUGCGUUAUUCUCCGACGUUGAACGAGAUGUGGUGCCACGUGUGCCGACAGUACACCGUACAGUCGUCAAGGACUUCCGCUUUCAUUAUCGGGUCCAAGCAGUUCAAGAUCCACACCAUCAAGCUUCAUAGCCAGAGCAAUCUCCACAAGAAAUGUCUGCAGUUGUACAAGCUACGCAUGCAUCCUGAGAAGACGGAAGAGAUGUGUCGGAACAUGAUCACGCUGUUCAACGCCGCUUACCAUCUCGCGGUCGAAGGACGGCCGUAUUCCGACAUCCGGCCCUUAGCAGAGCUGUUAAAAAAGUGUGAACUUAAGGUAGUCGAUCAGUACAUGAACGAGAGCGACUGCCAGAUCCUCAUCCACCACAUUUCCCGAGCGUUUAAAGAGGACUUGGUGGAGAAGAUCCGUCUCUCCCCUUUCCUUGGCGUAAUCAUGGAUGGCCAAAAUGAUGAUUUGCUAGCCGACACCGUUGCGGUUUAUGUGCAGUUCAUCACCACAGAGGGUCCGCCUGCUACUGAGUUUGUCUCCUUACAGAGACUGAGUGGUAGCUGUGUAGAUGGAUACCUUCAAGCUGUUGACCGUGCCUUUGGUGACCUAGGUCUACGGCUACAGGACAUGCUCGUGGUUGGCUUGGGAAUAGAUGGUUCCAACAUCUCUUCUAGUCUUCGGGCAAACCUCUACAUAGCCAUACGGAAGACUUUUCCGUUCGUAUUGUGCCUGCCGGUAAUGAUUCAUCGCCCCCAUCUAGAGAUACUGGAUUCCAUCUGUGGGAAGGAGCUUUCAUGUUUAGAUGACUUGGAGAACAACUUGAAGCAUUUGUUGAGCUUCUAUCGGUACUCCCCUCGUAUGAUGACCGAACUGAGGUCAACCGCGCCUACUCUGUCUGAGGAGACGGAGUUUCUCGGGGAUAUACGAGCAGUCCGGUGGAUCAUAGGUGAGCCUAAUGUCCUAAACGCUCUCAUCAAGGACUAUCUCGAAGUGGUGAGCCAUCUUAAAGGCAUCAGCGGUCAGACCCAGAGGGCAGACGCAGCCGCCAUUGCUCUUUCUCUUCUGCAGUUCCUGAUGGAUUACCAGUCUGUGAAGCUUAUCUAUUUCCUUUUGGAUAUCAUUGCUAUUCUGUCACGCCUUGCCUUCAACUUUCAGGGAGAUUAUCUACUGGUUUCUCAAGUAGAUGCCAAGAUUGUGGAAGCCAUUCAUGAGAUUGGUCAGCUAGUCGAUUCUCCAGGAGAGUACCUGCAAGAGUUUGAGGACAAUUUUCGCGAGAGCUUCAACGGCGUGGACCUCAAGAACCUGCGGGUGGCCGAAUCGAAGUUCCAGUCCAUCCGGGAGAAAAUCUGCCUGAAGACCCAAGGGAUUCUGGCCCAACGUAUCGAUAAGCACAGCCAUUCUGUUGUACAGGCUUGCAAGGUGCUCGACCUGUCCUCAUGGCCACGCAAUAGGGAUGACCUCCAAAGCUACGGAGAGGAAGAGAUCCUCGUCAUCUUUGACCACGUGGAGACGAUUCCCUCGUCGGGUCGUGAGCUGUCACACGACCGAGUGGAUUUGCGUGGAAGCCUGAUAAGAGAAUGGAGGGAUCUCAAAGCUGACUAUUUUAGCAUGAAUUGUUUUAAGGAAGUGAUGAGUCAUGUCUGCAAAUAUAAGCAGCGCUUUCCUUUGCUCAACCAAAUCCUGCAGUUGUUGAGGGUCUUGCCCACGUCGACUCUCUGCUGCGACAAAGGACGAGAGGCUUUGCACAAAGUAAGAAGGAACAACCACUCGAGACUGACUCUGGAACAGAUGAACGACCUGCUCACGUUGGCUGUUAACGGGCCACCUAUCGCCAACUUCGAUGGCAAGAGGCCGCUAGACAGCUGGUUUGAGGAGAAGUCGGGGAAUAGUUACACACUUUCUGCAGAAGUGUUGAGCAGACUAUCCCACACUGAGCAAAAACCUGUGCUGCACUCCAUGGACGUGAAUUCAGAGUUUUAUCCUGGUAUUUGACUUCAACCUGCGUUUCAGCCAAUAAUAUUCCAAAAAGCCAUCUCAGUGGGCGUAAACUGACCAGGUGCUGUUAUGUGAUUGGCCAAUAUGAAUGACAUUGGCUCUGCUGCUACAAUGGCCUGGUCAGCAAUCCUUUAUUCAUACAAUUCAUUUAUUUAAAAAUAAAAAAAAUAGUAUGAAUGCCUUUGCAGGGCUUUGGCACUUACACACUUAAACCUAUUCUGGAAUGUGUAAUUAUUUUAUGCGAUUUAUUAUAAUUUUUUUUUUUUUUUUUUUUUUUUUUGAUGCUCCAAAGACAAAGAAAGCACUUAUUUCUUAGGUUGAAUGAAACGAAUAAUCGAUAUCUAUAAAAAAAAAAAGGAUAUUCCAUUUUGUGGAUUUUUUUCUUUUUCUUGUUUUUCCACUUCAGCGUGUCCAAUAUUUGCUUGAAUAUGCACAGUUAUGCCUGAGUUGCUUGCGUACCUGAGAACCUGGUUUUUCUACUAUAAACUGUAUGGGUUCACUACUUUCAUCGUAUGAGAAUUAUGUAAGCUUUUAAUUACGCCAUGUUUAAACGCCGUUAAUCAUCCAUUUAAGUAGAAAGGGUUUUUUUUUUUUUACGACCUUUCUUGCUACUAAGCUUUCUCUUUGAUUGUUCAAUUCAAGCUAAUAUUAGCUAAGGCUAAUUAUUUUGAUUAAAAGUAAUUUUCUUGAUUUUUUUUUUUUUUUUAACAAAAAUUUUUAUUUAGUUUCGUUUUUUUUGUUUUUUUUGCUUCAGAGGACCCUUAUAUAGACUUACGGGCCAUAAUGCAUUACGAAAUUGUAGCCCUGCAUGACGCGGUUUAUUGGCAAUCAUUAAGCGGUUUGGAAUGCAAUAUGCAAGAUGCUCAUGCCUUAUACUCGACUCAUGUUUUAAUCCGAAUUUGACUGUUCCUGUCAUGUUCUCGUUCUUCUGUUGUAGACUAUAUACCUUCUGUCAGUGAGCUAUCAUCUGGGACAUUUCAGCAUACAAACAAAGAGAUGUCUCAAAGGUUUUUAAUAGUGUAAGAAUAAAGAUCCUGAAGAGAUGAUAUUGCGCUCGAGUGCCUCGAGCUGUAUCUUUUCACAACGUGAAAGCAUUUUUUUCUUCUUCCUUUUUUUUUUUUUUGAUUUACCACUAAAUAUUAUUGUUCACAUGCGCAAUGUAUUAUCAUGCAUUUAUUCUCAGUUUCUAAAUACUGAAGAGUUAGGACACUUUUAUGCUCUAGUGAGUAAUAUUAUGGAUUUAGAUCUUUAAAAUACCUAAACAUGAUAUUGAAUGUUUUUUGUUUUGGUUUUUUUUGGGGGGUGUUGGGGGUUCUUUUUAUUUUCUUUUUUUUUUUUUUAAAUUACCGAUCACAGGUGAUUUAUUUAGCGUUUAUAUAGACAAAAAGAAACGAACAGAAUUUGUAAUGCUGCUUUAAAAGUCCGUUAUUGCCAAAAGUUUCUACUGAAAUAACGAGUAUGCGCGUGGAAUCUUAACAUUUUUGCAAUCACUUUUAAUUCUGUUCUCUGAUCUAUCGCAUUUUAAAGGGCACAUAAACGGAGAAUAUGGCCUUAUGCAGUAUAUUUUGUUGAAAUUUGUCUCGUGACAAAUUUGAUACAGUAAUAUUGCAUGUUAUCUGCACAGCAAGAUGUUUUGUUUUUUGUUGUUUUGUUGUUGUUGUUGGUUUUUUUUUUGUUGUUUUUUUUUUAAACAAGAGCCUUUAUGCAAGUAUUGAUAAGUUUCAGUUGUUAUUUUGUAAUAUUGGCAUUUUACAGACCUAUACAACCUGGCAUGCGUUAUUAUUCAUAGCUUCAGAAAGGUUUUCCACACAAUUUGAUGAUCAUUUACGCAGCUCACAUACCGUGUGCAAAAAGCUUUACCGGGGGAAAAAAAAAAAAAUCAUUUGCAUCAUUUAAUAUUUUCAAUACGUUUUAUGAUAAACCUUUAUACUUCCAACAGUGUAUAUUAGAUACGUACCUUUUUUGAUGGUGUUAAUAAUAAACAUUUUAAUGCCAUAUCAUUCCUUGAUUUUAGUGCUAGUUAAGGUCUAAUUUAAUGGUGUAAUGGUUUUCUACAGAAUAAUACUGCAGUGUAUGUCUUUUUUUUUUGUUUUGUUUUGUUGUUUGUUCUUGAAUGUACAGACUGUUACCUCAGAUGUGCAGUGAAAUGGAUAAUUGUGGUACCUAGCUGUAUUAUUCAACCAAAUGUAAUGUGGUGGUGGUUUAAUUUUUUGUUGUUAUUAUUAUUGAGUAGUAGUGUUUAGUAUUUGUUUAGUGUGGGUUUCUUUCUUCGUGGUGGUCUUGAACAGCCAUCACUGCACACGUCUUCCUUGUUUGGAGAUUGAUUGAUUGAUUUGGGAUUUUUCGAUGGGGAUUUACCUUUCGUUAUUUUAUUAAUUUUUUUUGUUUUGGCACGAAGACACACAUUUGCUUGUACCUUAAUUACCAGAAUGUUAUUCUAUUUCUCCCAUUCUUUAAAGAUCAUAAAAGAAGCCGAGAAAACAUCCAUAUUAUUUAUUCACGACGUUUUGUAUCGAUACCUUACCCUGUGCUGUUGGUGUUUUGUCUGGAUCAGCAAAAAGGAACAAUUUUAGAUUCAUAUACAGAAGUUUCAGUGUGAAUGAUGCAUUUUGGUGUUUUGUUCUUUUUUCUUUUCUUUUCUUUUUUCUUAUGAAGUCAACCAAUUUGUGUCAUCAAAUAUAAGCAUUUACACAGCUCUAUACAUCACCGACUUGGGAUUUUGCAUGAAUACAUUGUAACACUGGAAAUACAUAAUUAUAAAGUAUAUGUGAACUUAAGGAGUGAGUUGCAUAUAUGUAUGUGUGAGAUUAUGUACUAUAUAUAUAUGUCCACUCAGAAUGCAAGCUUAAUAAUAUAUAAUUCCACAUAUAACAGUUUAAUAAAGUUGUUUUGUAUUUUAGACGUA